GGCGGAGCCUCUGGUGUGCAGGUGUAUAAAGGUUCUACAGGUGAGAGAGAAAGGCAAUAGUGGACAAGGAGACUAAGCCUGAACAAACGCAACAGGGAACCUGAGAAUAGCUUGUGAAGAUGCAGAAAGGACUGUUGUCAGUGCUCUUGGUCCUGGUGGCCUUAUUCUCAGGCUUGGAAGGAAAGCCAGACAAGACCACUGUGAAGAAAGAGAAGAGGAUUCCUCAGACUCUCUCCAGAGGCUGGGGUGACCAGUUGAUCUGGGCACAGACGUAUGAGGAAGCUCUGUUUUGGUCACGCUCCAAGAACAAGCCCCUCAUUGUCAUUUUUCACUUGGAGGACUGCCCACACAGCCAGGCUCUAAAGAAGGCCUUUGCAGAGGAUAAAGACAUCCAGAAGCUGGCUGAUGAGGAAUUCGUCAUCUUGAAUCUGGUGUAUGAGACCACAGAUAAGCACUUGUCUCCUGAUGGCCAGUACGUUCCAAGAAUCCUCUUUGUUGAUCCCUCCAUGACUGUUCGAGCCGACAUCACUGGCCGCUAUUCCAACCGCAUGUAUGCCUAUGAGCCGGCUGACAUAAAACUCUUGUUAAGCAACAUGCAAAGAGCUUUGAAGUUCUUGAAGACAGAGUUGUGAACACAAAGGCAUGACCCUUUUGUCCUCAGAAAGGAUAUUACUUCCCUGAGGUUUACUUUUAUUCUGUCAUUUGUUUACUGAUGGUAAGAGACGCACUGUAAAGCCCUGUACAAAUGUUAAACUCGAUCUUUGAGUAGAGUCUGUUACGGACGACCUUCAGGCUUCCAUUUUCCUUUAUUGUAUUUGAAUGUUUUUU